AUGACUGCUUCAAGUGCUAUGAAGAACUUUGGGUUAUUCUCCCUAAGAUUUUUUGAAUUCGGUUCUGCCGUUGUUGUGCUGGGUACACUUGGUUACACAGUGCAUGGCUACCACUUCCAUGGUUCUAAGAGAACCAACUUCGUGUUGGCACAAGCUGCUAUCUCUACUUUCUACAGCUUGUGUACAUGCUUGCUAACUUUGGCUGUGCCACAAUUGAUCUUCGUUGGUCUUUACUGGUUCUGGGAAUUGAUUAUGACCAUGCUAUGGUUGGCCGCUUUCAUUGUUGACGCUAAGGUUCAAGGUGACGACGGCUGCCACAACAGAAGAUCCACUACUUACGAACCACACAGAGGUUCUCAAGAAGAAUUCCAAGCAACUAACGGUGAAUACAACCCAUUCACUGGUAAGUACACCACCAACGACUACAAGCGUCCAUGCCACACCGGUAAGGCCUCCAUUGCCUUCGCUGGUCUAUGUUUCGUCUUGUACUUGACCUCCACCAUUAUUCUAGGUGUUAGAGUUAUGACUCCAAUCGUUAAGAAGUACGGCUCUAAGGGUUUGAUGAUGAAGGGUUCCGACAUGAACGACAACAGCUUGAACAGAUUCCAUGGUUUGGACUUGGUCAAGCCAUUGGACGAUGCUUACAACUACGAUCCAGAACAAGGUAUGGGUGAAACUGCCCCACAAGACUCUGCUUCUUCUCACGAAUACAACCAAGAGAAGUUGAAUGAACAACCACGUGCUUCUGGUGACACUGCUGUCCAAGCUUAA